AUGUUGGGUCUGUCAGCGUGCUGGCCGGCUUGGAUUAUCCAUGCUCAAUUAAAAAACAUGGAGGGUUUUUUGUUGAACUCAGGACUUUACGACAUUAUAAUGUUUAUCACAGAUCAUUUGACGUUUAAAAAAAUAUUCCUUUGCAUCAUUGGGUGGCUUAUCUACAAGCUAUUCAUUAAACCAAUGAAUUACGUCAAGGGACUUUGCGAUGUCGGAUGGUUAGAAGGACAUAGAAACCUUAAAACAAGAGUGAUCGGGAAGAUACCACCCGUCUAUCCUAAUGGUUGGUUUGCUAUUGCUGAGUCAGAUUCUCUGAAAAAAGGCCAAAUUCUACACGUCGCUGCUUUAGGAGAGAACUUCGCAGUUUUCCGUUCGAGCAAUGGAGUAUCCAGGAUAUUAGAUGCAUAUUGUCCUCAUUUAGGAGCUAAUAUGGCCGUCGGCGGGAAGGUGGUUGGAGAUUGUAUACAGUGCCCUUUUCACCUAUGGAAAUUCAACGGUGCAACUGGCCUAUGUACAUCCAUCCCCUACACGGAUAAAAUUCCGAAAACAGCAAAAGUGAGAUCGUGGAAUACGGUCGAGACAAAUGGUUUCAUCUUCGUGUGGUACCACGCUGAAGGAGAGGAACCAAACUGGUUCCCGGAGGAAAUCAAAGAAAUAAAUCAUAACAAGCUCACAUACUUCGGAAGGAAUCAGUUCCAAAUUAAGUGUCAUAUACAAGAUGUACCUGAAAACGGAAGUGACAUGACACAUUUCGCCGCAAUCCACGAAGCUGCUGCCAUGAACGGUGGAGAUCUCCGCUACCAAGAAAAGACAAUGUUAAAAUUUUUUCGGCACAAAUGGCAAGCAGUAUGGGAACCUUGUAACGAAAACGGGAAGCAGCACACAGCCACAUCGAUAAUAGACCACCAUAUUGAUCUGUUCGGAAAAAUUAAAAUUGCAAAAUGCCGUAUAAGCGCUUAUCAGACAGGUCCAGGCUACGUGGUACUCAAAGUGAACGCUGGAUUUGGAACCGUCCUACUACUCCAGGUGAUCACUCCAGUGGAGCCGUUGGUACAGAAAGUGAUACAUAGGGUGUAUUCUCCAGCAUAUUUAAUGCCAUUUACUCGAUUUUUCUUCUUAUCUGAGGCAUACAUGUUUGAAAGGGAUAUUAUGAUUUGGAACAACAAAGUCUUCUUCGACCAGCCAAUAUACACACGGGAGGACAAAUCCAUCGCUAGGUUCCGGCGCUGGUACCAGCAGUUUUAUACUCAGCACAGUAAAACUUAUGCAAUGGCAAAAGAAGGAUUGGAUUGGUAA